AUGAAAAUUUCUAUCAUUAUUCUUCUGUCCCUCUUAUUUUCCAUCUAUGAAUUCAAAGUUGCCCCGCCACAAAAAUCGGGAAGUCUAAAAGUCAAGGCGAAAACUGCCGUUAUCAAGCCAAAUAUUCCUCCAGCAAGCUCUAAAAAAAAUCCAGCAUCUGAGAAAAAUCUCAAGAAAAACGAUUCUAAACCAAUUCAAAAUGAUCAAAUGGGAGUAAAAUUCGAGAGCACCGACAAAACCGGCACCAAAUACCGAACAACUUUGUGGAUGGCAAAAGUGAAUGGUACACUAAAAAUCACUGGAGGAGUUCAAGAGCGCAUUUGA